AACAGGGCUCAGGGCAUCUUCAAAAUAGGAGAACGAAUCAUAUAGGUUUUAUCAAACUGACCAUGGUAACCGGUUAUUCGGUAUUCAACACAGCUGCGCUGGAUUUCAUCCAAACUGAAAAUGAGUGCAAAAGAAUACAUCGACCGAUUCAGCUCUGUCAUGUCAUCUAUUCAAACGGAAUUUACAGGACAUGAAUAUACGAUGUGUGCACGAACUUUAUGAAAAGCGGUAAAAUACAAACAUUUUCACUGAAUUUUGAAGAUGCCGAACAAUUAAACAACAUUAAACUCAUUUUCUUGUCGGAGUUCGGGUCUUCUUUUCUAUGGGAAGAGAAUAUUGAGGAUACUACAUCACAUGAAUGGACGGACACAAACAAAGCCCGUUCCGCCAAUAGAAACACACCAUUAUACACUUGACCAAUCAAAACAGAAGCCAGCGACAACAUGGUUUCACUAUCAGCCAAUCGCGAGAGGCGGAGGUGUGACGUGGCGCCGUCAGCUGUUCUUGUUUUGCUUCUUUUUUGCUCUUCUUUUCCUCCAGGGUCUGGGCAACCGACCUCUACAAUAACCGCACUGAAACACUAUUUUAAUUCAGUUCUAGCGGAGAAAACCAGCGGCUCUGCUCGGAGCGCUCACCCGAACAUCACCCGGUCCAUCAUUUCUUCCGAAUUGGAGCCGUCUUCCGCCGACAUCGAGCGAAGAGGUGCAGCCGAUCCCAGGCCUCCAAUCCAGGGCGGAGGGAGGGAAGGAGGUCGCUGGGAAUCGGGAUGGAGACCGGAGAGGGAGCUGGCGGGCCUGGCGGACCGGACGGACCGGCGCUCCGGUUUGGCUGCGCCUCUUUCAACCAAGACUCCACGUCACUGGCUUUGGGAACAAAGACGGGCUACAAGCUGUUUUCUCUGACCACGGUGGAAAAACUGGACUGCAUCCAUGAGAGCGCAGAGACUCCAGAUGUCUACAUUGUGGAGCGUCUGUUCUCCAGCAGUCUGGUAGUCGUGGUGAGCACCACCAUGCCGCAGCGAAUGAACGUCUACCACUUCAAGAAGGGGACGGAGAUCUGCAACUACAGUUACCCCAACAACAUCCUUGCUGUCAAGCUCAACAGACAGAGACUCGUGGUGUGCCUUGAAGAGUCCAUCUAUGUCCACAACAUCAAAGACAUGAAGCUGCUCAAGACUCUGCUCAACACUCCGUCCAACCCCUCAGGUCUCUGUGCUCUUUCUGUCAAUCAUUCCAACUCCUACCUGGCAUACCCCGGCAGUGCCACCAUUGGAGAGAUCAUAGUGUACGAUGCCAACAAUUUGAACACAGUGACAAUGAUCCCAGCUCAUGACAGUCCUGUGGCAGCUCUCACCUUCAACACCUCAGCCACCAAACUUGCCAGCGCCUCAGAGAGAGGCACUGUCAUUCGUUUCUCCAUUCCCGAAGGCCAGCGCCUGUUUGAGUUCCGCCGGGGCAUGAAGAGGUACGUCAAUAUUAGCUCCCUGUCCUUCAGCCCUGAUGGUCAGUUCCUCUGUGCUUCCAGCAACACAGAGACGGUGCAUAUCUUUAAACUGGAACAACUGGGACCCAGUGGAGGGGACGAGGCUGCCACCUGGACAGCCUACAUGGGGAAGAUGUUCUCAGCAGCCAGCAGCUACCUCCCUGCUCAGGUAUCUGGUAUGAUGAGCCAGGACCGGGCCUUCGCCACCGUCCACCUCCUCUCAUCUGGCCAGAGGAACGUCUGCACCCUGGCUAUGAUCCAGAAGCUUCCACGGCUGCUUGUGGCCACAGCCAGCGGCCACCUGUUCAUCUACAACGUGGAUCCACUGGACGGAGGCGAGUGCACGUUGGCUCACAAACACAGACUCUUUGGUGUUGAUGAUGACCAGGAUGAAAGAAUAGAUUCUGAAGGGUCAGAGGUCACAGGGCCAGCACAGGCCUGUCCAUCCUACGCUGCGACUGCUGCCUUACCAGCUUCUGGACCUGUCACUGCGACCCUCACUGGUUAUUCUGAAGAUGGUGGGGCAAAGAAAGGUGAAGUCAUUCCAGAACACGAGUUUGCUGCCGGGCCUGUGUGUCUGGACGACGAGAACGAGUUUCCUCCUAUUAAUUGGUGCCGCGACGGGACUGGAGGUGGCCAGGGGAGGCGCUCGUGAGUGGGUAGAAGGACAGAUGGACAGACAGACAGACAGGCACCAGCAAGUGAGAUGAACAGCAAAAAAAAAAAAAAAAGAAAAGUCUUUCAGGGUGCCAAGUUUGUUUUUUUUUUUUGUUUUUUUCAUUUAGAGAGAAAAUAACAUUGAUUAACAUUAACAUUCAAGCUGACGUGGGAAACAAAACACUGACCAAGAAGUAGAAGACAAGCAGUGAUUUCGGCAAGAACCACAAUUUGGUCAUCAUGUUAUGUAAUGAUUGUGUUCUGAUUUUGUCAUAGCACCACCAGCACCUGUAAACUUCCUCUAAGCUCACUGGUGAGUUUCAGGACAUCAUCUGUGAACUGGGAGGAAAUUUCAGAACGCUUCGAUGCUGUUGGCUACUUCAGAAAAAUCAGGGAGUUUAUCUUUAAGGAGUGUUUUAUGAACGUAUGAGGUGCAUGCUGGAGCAGAAAUAUAACCACAGUUUUCAUAGCUUUAUUACUUGACAAUAUUUUAUUAAGUUGCAUUAUUGUAGCAACAUUUUUAUUUUUGUCGUUAAUAAUAUCUUAGUUUACAAAUUGUUUCUGUUUUUAUUUUGUAUUGUAUUUUACUGCAUUGACAUGUAUUUGACGUUUCUGUGUUUGCCUCCUGGUUACAUUUCAGAAGGUGUAUAUGUACUGUAUGUUUGUUUGUGCCUAUUAUCAUUUAUAAAAGAGCAAAGUAUUUUGCUAAUUGCACAAGACCAAAACAAGUCAAAGAAACAAAGAAAUAAACAAAGUGGAGUAAGAAUCAACCUAUGCAAAGCAAA